GAGUCAGACGAACCACACGUGAAACGGCCAAUGAAUGCUUUCAUGGUAUGGGCUAGGGAAGAGAGGAGGAUGAUAUUAAAGGCGUAUCCAGACAUGCACAACUCCAGUAUCAGUAAAAUAUUAGGUGCCAAAUGGAAAAUGAUGAAAGCCGAAGAGAAACAGCCAUUUUACGAAGAACAAUCGAGGCUAAGUCGUCUGCACAUGGAAAAACAUCCCAAUUAUCGCUACAGGUCUGUUAAUCACACCACGACAUAA